AUGCCGGAUCAUGGCAAUGGGAUGUUGAAUCCCAACGACGUCACCAUUGAUAUCCCAUUGACGGAGACAACUUCCCGUGGCCAGACGGGCGCCCGUAAAUGGAACACCAACAACAGCCCUGAGGAUUGCACCUCGCCAAACACGGAGAAGGAUCCUAUCAUUAAGCAGCACCGUGGCCCUGGCGGCAGGCGUCGCACGGAUACCGAUAUCAAUGAAAUGAACGGAAAGCGUGCUGAGGCGCCCGAGGACGGCACCAUCAACCGUAUGGGCCGUUUCUACCAAGCUGUGCUGAAUUACUCCCUCAUCACUCGUUACCUGAUUUAUGUUAUUCCCAUUGCGAUUUUGAUCGCGAUUCCCAUCAUUGUGGGCGCCACCGUUGCGACGGACGCCAAAAUUGGCGGUGUUCACAUUUACUGGUUCUUUACUUGGAUUGAGAUCGUCUGGUUCAGUCUGUGGGCGUCGAAGAUCUUCGCCCGUUACAUUCCUUAUUUCUUCCAGUUUUUGUGCGGUAUCGUCAGCUCCGGUACCCGCAAGUAUGCUCUUAUUCUGCGCGCCCUCGAGACCCCCAUUGCGCUUUUGAUCUGGGCUAUUAUCUCCCUCGUGACCUUCCUGCCGGUUAUGAACUACAAUCCUGCUCAGAAGGCAGCCGGCUCCACGUCUGUUUCUGGGUGGGAAAAAACUGUCAAGAAUAUUUUGUUCGCGCUGCUUGUCUGCAGUCUUAUCUACCUCGUCGAGAAAGCUCUUGUGCAGCUCAUCUCGAUCAAUUACCACCGCAAGCAGUUCGACGCCAAAAUCCAGAUCUCCAAGCGCAAUGUGCACUUGGUCAGUCUCCUCUUCGAGGCUUCGCGCAAUAUGUUCCCCGUGUACUGCCCUGAAUUCAAGGACGAGGAUUCGCUCAUUUUCGACUCUGUCUUGGCUCAGGCUGGCACCAAUGGCAAGCGGUCAUCCGCUAUGCCUCUCCGCAUGCUCCGCCAUGUCGGUAAGAACGUUGGCCGUGUUGGCGACAAGGUUACUGCCGCUUUUGGACACGUUGCGUCAGAGCUUACUGGUAAGCAAGUGUUUAACCCGACUUCGACACACACGAUGGUCAUCGAGGCCCUUGAGCGCAAGCGCCAUGCUGCAGCGCUUGCCCGCCGUAUCUGGAUGUCGUUUGUGGUUGAAGGCCGUGAGGCUCUGUUCAUGGAUGACAUUGUCGAGGUCUUGGGUGCUGAACACGAGGCUGAGGCUGAAGAGUGCUUCCUGGCUCUUGACAGGGAUGGCAAUGGUGAUAUCAGUCUUGACGAGAUGGUCCUGACCAUCACUGAGUUUGGACGCAUGAGAAAAGCCCUGAACCACAGCAUGCACGAUGUGGACCAGGCUAUUCGUGUGCUAGACAACCUGCUCAUGUGUGUUGCUGGUCUGGUCUCUGUUCUUGUCUUCAUUUCUUUCGUCACCACUGGAUUCGGUACUGUCAUUGCAGCUGGUGCCACCUCGCUGCUCUCCCUCAGUUUCGUCUUCUCCGUUACCGCUCAAGAAGUUCUUGGAUCGUGUAUUUUCCUCUUCGUCAAGCAUCCCUUCGAUAUCGGUGAUCGUGUUGAGGUCAGCGAUAAGCCCUUUAUCGUUGAGCGUAUCUCGCUUCUUUUCACCGUCUUUCGCAGUGUUACCGAUUCCCGCAUCACGCAGGUGCCUAACAACAUUCUGAACAGUCUUUGGGUUGACAACUUCACUCGUGCCAAUGCUAUGCACGAACACCUUGUCAUCCCCGUAGCUUUCGACACUACCUUUGCUGAGGUUCAAUUGCUGCGCCAGGAGAUGGAGAACUUCGUUCGCGACAAGGAGAACAACCGUGACUUCCAGCGGGAUAUCGACAUUGAGCUCGAUGGCGUUGGUGAUAUGGACAAGCUCCAGCUACGUGUUGACAUCCGUCACAAGUCUAACUGGUCUAACGAGACUGUUCGCGCUGCCCGGCGAUCCAAGUUCCUGUGUGCUUUGGUCCUAGCCGUCCGCAAGAUUCAGGUUCGCGGUCCAGGUGUUGAAGCUCCCGCAGAAGAAACUGCCGACGCAGCAGAUGGCGAUGAUGCCGGCGCUGGUGCAGGCCCAGGUCGCCGCAAGUCUACCCAGGGCGGCGGUGCCGACUUCUCUAAGCCUGACCCCGGUGUCGCCGCUGCUGCGGCAGGCAUCGUCAACUACGAGAACACAGCCCAGUCAACAGGAUACGAUCAGGAUCGUUCAGGAACAAUCACCCACCGCGGCUCCACCCAGACCAACGCUGAGCGCGAGGCCGCCAUCGUCGAAAUGCUUAACGCUCGCUCCCCAACCGUCGACGCCGGCCGUGACAUCCACGACAGCCACGAGAAUGCCCUCCAGCGCAUUGCCACCAACGCCUCCAACCAAGGCAAUCAGCUCAACGUGCACAGCGGAAGCGAAACAAUUGGCGGCCUGUCAACAGGCCACCGCAAGCUCGGCGAUCGCGUCUCCUACCACGAGCAGGAUGCCCACUUCGCGCCCAGAAACCCCCCUCUCUCCCCCGUCCGCGCAGGCAUGACCCCAUCCUCGAGUCAAGUGCCCAUGCUCGAGACUCCCAAGCCAGGCUCCCGUCACAGCGCUCGCUAUGAGCCGCGCCCUCACUCAAACGAGGACCAAACCCAGAGCACCAUCCAGAUGGUGGGCUCGCCAGACCCCAACCCCUUCAACGGCUACUACACCCACGACACGGGGUACAACCAGAUUCCCGUUGGCGGCUACAGCGUUGAGAACACACCGGGACGUGACCGCAGCGGUUCGAACCCGAACAUCUCCGGCGUGACGGCCAGCAGCAAUUACCAGCUCUCUGACCACUAUGACCCCGUCUCGCCGCCGUCUAUCUACUCCCCGCCCCAGUCGGUGGCCCCACAGCAGGCGGCGCCUCCUUACAACCCUGGUCCGCUGAGGAAGAAGGAUAAGUCUCCCUAUGGUGAGCAUGAGUCUUGA